CACUACCGUCAGUCGUCGACGGUCGCUCGGUGAGUCGACACGAAAGUGAGUGGUCGUCGGUCGCGUGACCUCGUGGCGCAUUUCAUCCACCAUUAAAAGGCGUAAAAACACUCUUUCUUCCUUUCUCUUUCCCUCUCCCCGCUUCCCUUCUGGCGUCGGUGAUAUAACCUUUGGAUUAGAUCCAAACGACCGCGGCACCACGUGAUGUCAACACGGGGACGAUAAGAUGCCGCCUCUUCAUUGAUCUCGUAUCUCGUCCGAUUUUCCCGAGCCAAGUCAGCUGGAGUCAACGGGACGCGACGGACGCGGAGAAGGAAAGAGACCUUAUCUCUCUUUCUCCCUCAAACCUGAAAUGCGCCGCAUUUAGUCGCGGGUCGCGGCGCCGAACAAUAAUCGUGACCAUCGUGACAUCACGCGCGUCGCGCGGCGUGUUACGCUAACGUCGUCGUCGUUGGUCACGUGCUGUCACGCGCAGUGAAAAUGCCCGCGCGACUCAGCAAGUUUUCGUCUGACGCGCCUUGCAUGGCGUACGUUCACCCAUGGACGGACUCCUGCAUCAGCGCGACCGCCGGUCUCGGUCUGCACUCCCUGCAGGAAUCCCUCAGGAUAUACACGACCGUUUACAUCAUUGCAUUUUUAAUGAGAAGAAAAGUACCGUCGAAAGAGGACAUCAAGAAAACUAUAUUGGGUAUCCUUCAGUCCACGGCAUUUCUUUCGUGGAGUGGUUUCUCUUAUUCGUUGUUUAUUUGUUUGUUAAGGCGAAUGCUUGGACGUUUCUAUAUGCCGACUGUAUCUUUCCUUCCGUCCUUUUUAUCUAGCCUAACUGCCAUUGUGAUAGAAAGAGCGUCUAGACGUACGUUAUUAUGUCUCUACGUGUCGAACAUUGCAACGGAAACGUUGUUCAAAAUGGGUGUGUGGCGAGGAUAUUUCUCGCCUAUUCCAAGAGGAGAGGUCUAUAUCUUUGCUGUAAGCGUAGCUGUGUUACUGUAUUUCUUCCGUUCAAAGACGACGAAGCACGAUCAGAUAUAUAAAAUAUUAAGGAUGAUUGUUGGACGGUAUGAAGAAACUGAUCAUCUUACGAAGAAAAACCUACAUCCUGAAACAUCUUCAAGACAUACCACGACUGGCGGCGCACAGAGUGGCACAAGUAUACGUAGAAGUUCUGCAAGGCAUAAAUUUAGUAUUCUAUGGAAGUCUUUUGAGGCAUACAAAUACAUCAUUAACAGCUUAAAGGCACAAAGUAAGGAUGUUUCGUGUCCACAUCCUCAUAGCUGCGCACAUUACAUUUUAGCGGAUAGUGCUAGGCUCUUCAGUUAUGGCGUUUGCGGGCAAAUAGCGCUUAAACUAAUCUUACAAUUUAAAAGAUUAAUUCAGAAGCCGAAAUUAUUAAAAACCACCAUCUUUCAAAGAGAAAAUGUAAAUCUGGGUGUGUUUCUUGGAGGAUUUGCCGGCCUUUACAGGUUAGUGUCAUGCAUGUUAAGAAGAACCUUCCACAAAGAUUCACACAUUUACGCUAUUCCUGCUGGACUUGUUGCAAGCGUAACGUUUAUGGCAUAUCCUAAUACUACUAUAGCCUUAUAUUUUAUGUGGAAGACACUACAGUUGCUGUGGAACGAUGCAGUGGAAAAUGAGAUGGUACCUGAAAUAAAGUGGUUCGUCAUCUUAUUAUAUUGCUGUAGCACGGCACUUCUCUUCCACGUAGCUAUACUGGAACCACAAAACUUGAGAUCAUCCUAUUGGAGAUUCCUUUACAAUAUGUCCGGUGGAAGAAUAGCAGUAAUGUCUCGGCUACCCUUGAAUGUGUUCGGUUUAGAAACCAGCAAAAAUUUGCAACAAGUGCUCAGAAAAACGAAAACCACUGAUCAACUUAGCUUUUCUUUCUGAAAUACAAUACGUACCUUAGCGUUUUUUUAUUUCCUUCGAAAGUGUAAUUUUUUUCAAAACCAAAGACAGCAUGUGUAUUAUAUGCGUUUAUGUAAAUUGUAUAAGCUAAAUUUUAUGCAACGAUAAACAAAUGAAACUACAAAAUGUAUGUCCUUAGCGUAGCGAUCUGAACAUCGACCGUUCUAUUCUUUUUUCUUCAACCUAACGCGAAGCGAUGGUGCUUGGAUAUGUUGUGAUACUAAGAGAACUUAAUACUUUUAUACAUAGACAUAACUUGAGUAAUUUAAUAUAUUUGAUUGUUAUGGUGUGAUACGUAUAUGUCAGGGAAAGAGAUAAAUAAUUUAAGUGGAUAUAGUUAUCAAUGUCUACAAUUUUGUUGCGACGACGUUCAACGGCAUAGCGAAAUACUUUUAUAUACUUUCUCUCUGUGACGUAUGUGUACUACAGAUUAUUUUUUCUAUGUUUAAUAUUAAACUUUAUAUUUAUCGCUGAUAUAUAAACAUGUUUCAAAAGUA